GGUGGCUUCAGUUCACCAAUCCAACCCCCUACCUACUUCUUCACCAAUCCAAGUCCAGGCCAAGAAGAUUUCCAUUUCCCGUAAACCCUAACCCCUCCUUUUCCUCCUCCCAAAGGUAAAAGAAGCAACCAUGAGCUUCACCUUGGCCUCAACCUCCUCACUCAACACCCUCUCCAACUUCACCCCCAACGCUAAACCAUACCCACCAUUCUUAUCUUCUUCAUCUCUUCGUUUUCCAAUUCCCCCAAUUUCCCACUCUCGCCUCACACUCUUCGCUUCCUCAAUUCCCACCCCGAACGCCUCACCCGAUUCUCACAGAGACCCCAUUAUUCAAACACUUGCUAACUACACAAAAGCCGCACUUCUCAUCGGCACCGCGGCAUCGAUGAUCGGAAAACUCUCCCUCUUGCCGGCGAGAGCCGAAUCUCCCUCCGUAGUUGCCCAAGAAACCCCAAUUCUUGAAGAAGCCCACACCCCGCCCAAAGACCAGUCCUCGCCCUUGUCCGAAUUUCUCGAGUCCAAUUCAGAGGCCAUCGACGCCUUGAAGUCGCUAUUGCAGCAAAAGCUCGAGAGUGGUGAGGACGAAGAGGCUCUCAAGAUUCUGGGACGCCUGGUUUCGGCGCAGCCUUCGGUCACCGAGUGGAAGUUCCUCAUGGCGAGGUUGUUGAACGAACUGGGCAACGCCGAGAACGCGCGCAAAGUGUUCGAAGAGAUUCUGGCGUUAAACCCUCUAUCGUUUGAGGCAUUAUUCGAGAACGCCUUGGUAAUGGACCGGUGCGGGGAAGGCGAGGCGGUGAUUACGCGGUUGGAAGAGGCGUUGAAGAUUGCGGAGGAGGAGAACAAGGCGAAGGAGGCACGGGACGUGCGGUUGAUAAUGGCGCAGAUACAGUUUUUGCAGAAGAAUGUGGAGGGGGCCUUGAGGAGUUAUCAGGAAUUGUCGAAGGAGGACCCCAAUGAUUUUAGGCCGUAUUUUUGUCAGGGGAUGAUUUACAGCUUGCUGGAUAGGAAUGCAGAGGCCAGAGAGCAGUUUGCGAAGUACCGGGAGCUUUCUCCAAAGAAGUUUGAGGUGGAGGGGUACUUGAGGACCCCAUUGUCGAGGAUGAAGCUAUUUGGGUCGGAUGAGAAUUGAGUUUCUUGCUGGGAACAUGCAGGAAUAAUGCUGGGAACAUGCAGGAAUAAUGCUGGGGAAAUGGGUUUUUCUCCGCAAGGUGAAGGCAGUGGCUUUUUUGGGUAAUCGGCUAAUCCCUUUGUCAAGUUUUGAUGGUUACUUUACUGUUUUUAUUUGAUUUUUUGCCAUGAUGUGGAAACACUGUUGAAGCUUCACAGAGGAUAAUUAGGGAAUAGACAAGGAAAUAAGAACCAAAUUUUGUGGAGAUAAAAAAAAAAAAAAAAAAAAACUAUCUUGUUGAAUAAUCUGCUUCAGCCGAAUUUGGUUCUUCUC